AUGGCGACACCCUCACUGCCCUGCGCGAACUGCGACCCAGAUGGCCUCGGUUGCCAGAACGCAGGCAAAUCCGGCUGCGCCAACUGCCGUCUGGUCUUCUACUGCAGUUCCGAAUGCCAAAAGGCUCACUGGCCCGUUCACAAAGGUCACUGCAAAUCCCCCAUGAACAGCGAAGAUUGGAAGCCUGAGUGGGUUCGGCAGAAAAGAACUCCUGGCUUCGUGGCGGACAUCGAAGUUCCAAUGAGUUCUUCCUUUGGGGGAGACAGUUGGCUCUGGGGCGGCGUUCCGGCCCUUGACGUUCUCAAACUUGAGGCGAACGAAGGGGAGUCCUACAAAGGGAAACUUUCCCUUCUCUUUGCCGCCUCGGGCGAUAUGCGAAAUGUCGUCAAGACCAUCGCUCAACUUCCCCCCGGGUGGGAUCAGCCCGUCGACAUCGUCAUGAAUGACAUCGACCUCGCCGUUAUCGCGCGAAAUGCAAUCCUUCUUCUCAUUGCACUUACGGCCGAUCACGAAAAUGAAGCAACCGACUGCAUCAUCCAUAUUUGGUACUCAAGCCUUAUCCGCGAGUCUGACCGCGCCAUCCUCGAACAGCGCGUCCGUCCGCUCAUUCAGACCGUCUGCGACAAGAUCAAGGACAAGCCUGCCAAUCGCAUCUUGGGCAAGACUUGGACUUUCGGAAAGCGUUCGCUUCGACUUGUUCUCACCAAGGCGGCUUGGGAUAAGUUCUUGUCCUACACGACUGUCCCCGAGGGCUUGACCGUCGAGCGAGCGAACGAGAUUCGCAAGGCUGUGACGCUCGCAGAGUCCCACUUUGACUUCCUCGAGCGUCACUAUCUGUUCGCGAUUCCAUCUCAUCGCGUCCCCAUGCACCGGUUUCGCGAGGACGGAAUCCUUCAGCCUUUUGGAGCUCAACGCAGCGAGUUUUGCAUCCCGAACCCAACGUUGUUCCAGGCUCCAUUCGACUGGCCAAUCCCGGGCGGUUCGGAUCCAUGCGAUGGGUGGUCUCCGAAAGACCUUGAGGAGACUGACAAUGGACCGGCGACUUCCGACAUCGAUGGCAAACUCUUCACCCAUCUUCGCUCGAUGCUCAAGUCCUUCACGUCGCGUAUUGCGAGCACCACCAUCAGCUUUCAGCUGCUCAAUAUCGAAGCUACUAAGCUCAUUGAUCACCUUAAUGAGGGGUCGUUUGAUCUUUCCAACAUCUCAGACUCUGUCCAUUUGGGGCCCCAUCUCACAGCCCUAGCCAUGUUGCCUUUGCUUCGAUCAUUGUCCGGCAAUCCUCACGCAACCCUCAUCACACGAUUCGAGGUCGCUAUCGGCAACGCCAUGACAAAGGAAGAUUAUCGAGUCGGAACUCGGGACGAAAGGGCUCAGAAUGAAACAAUGGCGAUUCUCUCAGACUAUAUUCCAAUGCGUCGUCCGCCUACUUGCACAUGGGAUGUAGAGAUCAUCAAAUGGGACCAUGCUUCAGAGUUGAUUCGCACCUAUGACCAUAUCUAUGACAGGAUCGCCCACGAUCUCGAGUUUCACAAGUUUCCGGAGUAUCUCAAGGUCGGGAUCAAGGACCAAAGCACCAUCAUUGAGAAGUGGCCUUUCAGACUCAAGCUCAAGUUUGGUCAGCAAGGUGCACAGCAGGAGUUUGAUCGUGUGAUGGGGCAGGCCAUAACUGCAAAGGCGUUCUACUUGGAGUUCAAGAGGGUCUAG